AUGAUGUGGAUCAAUCUUGACCACACAAUUAAGGCUAGAAUAAAGAAAAGGUUACCAAAAAGCGUGUUGUAUAAAAGACUUCAAGUGCUGGACGAACAUCAAACCGGCAACGUAUUUCAUGGAUUCCGUCCCAUUGCUUUGUCUUCAGAUCUGUCUAAAGCUGCUCGAGCUAAGAAGUUGCUUCAGAAAAAAGAAACAAAAAGAGAAGAAAAACGAGCUGCAGCGUUGGCUGCUGGAAUUGAGUGGCAAAGUGACGAAUUGGAUGAUGAAUCUCCUGCGGCAUAUAGAGAACCUCCCAUGCCUAAUAUCUUAAAGGAUGAUGACCAACUUACACUUAUUGUGGAUUUAUGCAAAGGAUUAGUAUCAGUGAAAAAAUAUUCAGAAGCACUUGAAAUUAUCACAUCGAUUCUCAAGUUGGCACAAAACACUUUAUCAGUAGAGAAGCAAGAGGAACUUGGAGCGCUUGGGGCACAGAUAGCAUACAAUAAUAUUGAUGGCCCAACAAAUGGAUGGGACUGUGCUCGAUACAUCGUUACCCAAAAUCCUUACAGCUUUGCAGCAUGGAAUUGCUACUAUAAAUUAAUAUCGAGGCUGGAUAAGCAUAAGAAAUUCUUGCAAGAGAAGUUUGUGAAACAUGAAGAUUGUAUACCGGUUCUUUUAAUUAAAGGCCAUCAAUUUACAAUGCUUAGCCAACAUCAAGCAGCUGCAAGUUGUUACUUGAAAGCCUAUAAAUUGAUGCCUGAAAAUGCCUUGGUCAAUCUUUGUGUUGGAACUGCCCUGAUCAACCUAUCUCUCGGACUUCGACUUAAUAACAAGCAUCGAUGUGUUCUGCAAGCUUUAGCUUUUCUCUAUAACAAUCUUCGCCUUUCAGAAAACAGCCAGGAAUCCUUAUACAACCUAGCCCGAGCCUAUCAUCAUGUUGGUUUAGUCUCGGUUGCAGCUACAUAUUAUGAAAAGGUGCUUGCGGUUCAUCAACAAGAUCACCCUAUACCAAAGCUGCCAAAUGAUGGUCCAGAAAUCACUAAUGAUCCGAAGCCCGGAUAUUGUGACCUUAAAAGAGAAGCAGCUUACAAUUUGCACCUUGUCUAUAAAAGUAGUGGAUCUGUAGAUCUUGCUAGGCAGGUACUUAAAGAUCAUUGUAGUAUUAAAUAAUAAUGUAUGACUUUUGGAAUGUUUGGACUGUUUCUCAUGAAAAAUAAAAACAUAAGAGUAAACUUCCGUUUU